AUGGACGAGCCUAAUUUUUGCGACGACUACUUCGCCUCAUCGCGACACAAGCCUCGACAUCAACACCAUCGUAGCUUCACCAAACCUACGUUCCAAGCCGACAAACUUCGCGCACAGCAGGAGCUCGAACGGCUCCAGCAGAAAUACAUUGGCACCGGCCACCCAGACACGACGAGCUGGGAGUGGAAGUCCAACAUUAUGCGCGAUACAUACUCGAGCCUGGUCGGCCACCCGCCGAUGCUGGCGUUCCUGUCGCUGGCGCAGGGCGAGCCGGCGGCCAAGACGCGCUUCAAGCUGCUCAAGAACAUGGUGCAGCCAUGCGGACCACCGCCGGCGCGAGACGAAGAUGAGGAUUAG